UUUAUUACCAAAGUUGAAUAAGAUGCUAAAGUAUAUCAUUCUCCUUUCUACCCUUAUUAAUGUCGCAUUCUGCAGAGACUGCGUCUGUAGUACUGGAACGACAUUGAAUAUCAGAAGUAGUCCUUCUACUUCUGGAACAGUCCUUGGACAGAUAGUUAGAGAUACCUGCCUAGAGUAUAUUUCUACUAGUGGAGGAUGGGAUGAAGUCUUCUUCAAUGGCGAUAGCGCUUAUGUUUCAAGUCAAUUCACCACCACACCUCGCUUAUGCACGGCUGAUUGUAUGAGUGAAAGUAUUUGCAGUGCAUAUUCUUACAAUACGGCCAGACAUUGUGACGGAAAUGGCUGUGGUCAUUACGGUGCUCCUCGAGGCAGUCGUCGACAUAACGGAAUUGACCUUCGUUGCGAAGCAGAUUCCGAUAUUUAUGCCCCAUUUCCAGGAACUAUUGUAAGGAGGUCGAGACCAUAUCCAGAUAAUAGGUGUUGCAAUGACGGUCUACAUUAUAGAGGAAUCGGAGCCUGGUCAGAAUACGAAUUUUCCAUUUGGUACAACAAAAUGGUUCCCAACGGAAUCGGAAAGACAUUUUCAACCGGUGACAAAAUUGGUACACAUAUAGGUCUUCAUUGCUCUGGUUGCUAUUCCCUGGCUAUGACAGAUCAUUCCCACUUUCAAUUAUAUAAAAAUGGUGUCAUAGUUAAUCCAACUGAAUACGUAAUGUGCCAAUAA